AGAGUGAGAGGCUGUUCGUGUGUGGGAGAGAGAAAACGCGGGAGAGAGAGAAACAGCGGUGAUGAUCGACGCCAGGCUGCCACCACUCUGCAGCAGAGAGUGGCUGCAACAAAAAGCACAGAAUAACAUCCCCGACUCCCCGCUCUGCUUUUUUUUUCCUCUUUCUGCGUCUCAGCUAGCGGAUGAGGGCUCCGCUCACAGCUCUGCAGAGGCUCUGCCGAAACCGAGCCGGCGUCAGACGCAAGAUCUCUGCCUGCCAUCAACAAGUUAGGCUUGGACGACCAGAGCCAUGAAAGAAAAAYACUUGAUUUUCAAUUAAAACGUCAAAGACAUCAUCACUGCAGUGGAAGGAAAUCAAAAAGGUAAAAGAAAAAGAAGAGAAAGAAGAAGAGGGAGCUGCUGACUGGAGUCACUCUGGAUCUAACUGAUUAACUUGAUAAAUAUAUUAUWUACAUUUCUAUCAAGGAUUUGUGGGCUGAAGGAGAAAAAAAUUUAUUUCUUCUUUGUGUUUGGAUUUUAGGGGACUCUGGCAAAAACACAAGGAAUAAACAUCUUAGGACAUGGAAUUUUACAUUUUGUUUCAAUCGGGUGGGCUCAGAAUUGCUUUAUUUCAAAAGAAGCCGAUUCCUUUUGUGUUUACUCAAAAGGGCUUUUUCCCUUUGGAUUUUUCUUCCAUCCCGUUGCUCCAAGAGUCUUUGGAAAAGGACAGUUGAAUGCAGCCUCCGAUGUACACAAAAGAAUGGGUUUCCAUUCAAGGUGGCCAUUGGUGGGACCUGCACCAGUGGCUGUGAGUGUGAUCAGUAUGCUCCUAGCGUGUCUGCUGUCUCCUGCAUCAUGCACAACCUGCCCUCAAAAAUGCCGCUGUGAGGACCUGCAGUUCUACUGCGACACCCAGGAGCUUAAGGCACCACCAGAUGGUGUGGACAAGGGCGCCCUGGGGUUGUCGCUACGCCACAACAGCAUCACUGAGCUCUCCCCAGAUCAGUUCUACGGUUUCAGCCAGCUCACCUGGCUACAUCUAGACCACAACCAGAUCACCACAGUACAAGAGGAUGCCUUUCAAGGGCUCUAUAAACUGAAGGACCUCAACCUGAGCUCCAAUCGUAUCACCAAGUUGCCCAACACAACCUUCAUCCACCUCAUCAACCUUCAGAUCCUGGACCUUUCAUUCAAUCAGAUGACAUCAUUGGAGCCAGAACUGUUUCAUGGACUUAGGAAGCUCCAGAUACUUCACCUCCGCUCAAAUUUACUUCGCACUACACCUGUGCGAGCGUUUUGGGACUGUCGCAACCUGGAAUAUCUGGGCCUGAGCAGCAACCGUCUACGGAGCCUUGCCCGGAAUGGAUUUGCUGGGCUCAUUAAACUCAAAGAGCUCCACUUGGAGCACAAUCAGCUGACCAAGAUUAACUUGGCCCAUUUCCCUCGUCUCGUUGCCCUCCAGUUUCUCYAUCUCCAGUGGAAUAAGAUCAACAAUGUCACGUGUGGCAUGGAGUGGACCUGGACCACUUUAGAGAAGCUGGACCUCACAGGAAACGAAAUCCGUGUCCUGACACCUGACGUGUUUCAAACGCUGCCAAAUUUAAAAAUUUUGCUACUGGAUAACAACAAACUAAGCAGCUUGGAGCCCCAAGUCUUGGAUAUGUGGCAGUCUUUGAGUACAAUUGGACUGUCCAGCAACCUUUGGGAAUGUACCAAAAGGAUUUGCUCYUUGGCCACGUGGUUGAGCGCCUUCAAGGGAAGGUGGGAACAUUCCAUUGUCUGCCAUAGUCCAGAAUACGCCCAGGGGGAGGAGAUACUUGACGCCGUCUAUGGAUUCCAGCUUUGCCAGAAUUUUUCAGCACCAGUCAUUCAGACCAUCAGUACAACCACAGACACUACUACGGCUGCCGAGAUCACAAGCUCCUUGUUUGGAAUUAUGCAGCCAACCCCCACACAGGACUAUGCAGAGGAUUUUGGGAGCUUUACCACACUCACAACCACCACAACCACAACACAAACACCAAGCACUGCUGAAGCAACUACUGCUUUGCUGGAAGAGGCAGCUGUAACAGAUGAUUUCUUAGCUAUGGACAACACUGUCAUGACUCAUAGGGUCAUCAUUGGAACUAUGGCUCUUCUCUUUUCUUUCUUUUUCAUAAUUUUUGUUGUGUAUAUCUCACGAAAGUGCUGCCCCCCCACCCUGCGGAGGAUACGCCACUGUUCUGCUAUUCAGAACCGCAGACAGAUGAGGACCCAGCAGCGACAGCCAAUGGCAGACCUAGCCACACAGGUACCCUAUAAUGAGUACGAGCCCAGCCAUGAAGAAGGGGCUCUCGUCAUCAUCAAUGGCUAUGGGCAGUGCAAAUGUCAGCAACUGCCUUACAAAGAGUGUGAAGGGACUCUGGCAAAAACACAAGGAAUAAACAUCUUAGGACAUGGAAUUUUACAUUUUGUUUCAAUCGGGUGGGCUCAGAAUUGCUUUAUUUCAAAAGAAGCCGAUUCCUUUUGUGUUUACUCAAAAGGGCUUUUUCCCUUUGGAUUUUUCUUCCAUCCCGUUGCUCCAAGAGUCUUUGGAAAAGGACAGUUGAAUGCAGCCUCCGAUGUACACAAAAGAAUGGGUUUCCAUUCAAGGUGGCCAUUGGUGGGACCUGCACCAGUGGCUGUGAGUGUGAUCAGUAUGCUCCUAGCGUGUCUGCUGUCUCCUGCAUCAUGCACAACCUGCCCUCAAAAAUGCCGCUGUGAGGACCUGCAGUUCUACUGCGACACCCAGGAGCUUAAGGCACCACCAGAUGGUGUGGACAAGGGCGCCCUGGGGUUGUCGCUACGCCACAACAGCAUCACUGAGCUCUCCCCAGAUCAGUUCUACGGUUUCAGCCAGCUCACCUGGCUACAUCUAGACCACAACCAGAUCACCACAGUACAAGAGGAUGCCUUUCAAGGGCUCUAUAAACUGAAGGACCUCAACCUGAGCUCCAAUCGUAUCACCAAGUUGCCCAACACAACCUUCAUCCACCUCAUCAACCUUCAGAUCCUGGACCUUUCAUUCAAUCAGAUGACAUCAUUGGAGCCAGAACUGUUUCAUGGACUUAGGAAGCUCCAGAUACUUCACCUCCGCUCAAAUUUACUUCGCACUACACCUGUGCGAGCGUUUUGGGACUGUCGCAACCUGGAAUAUCUGGGCCUGAGCAGCAACCGUCUACGGAGCCUUGCCCGGAAUGGAUUUGCUGGGCUCAUUAAACUCAAAGAGCUCCACUUGGAGCACAAUCAGCUGACCAAGAUUAACUUGGCCCAUUUCCCUCGUCUCGUUGCCCUCCAGUUUCUCYAUCUCCAGUGGAAUAAGAUCAACAAUGUCACGUGUGGCAUGGAGUGGACCUGGACCACUUUAGAGAAGCUGGACCUCACAGGAAACGAAAUCCGUGUCCUGACACCUGACGUGUUUCAAACGCUGCCAAAUUUAAAAAUUUUGCUACUGGAUAACAACAAACUAAGCAGCUUGGAGCCCCAAGUCUUGGAUAUGUGGCAGUCUUUGAGUACAAUUGGACUGUCCAGCAACCUUUGGGAAUGUACCAAAAGGAUUUGCUCYUUGGCCACGUGGUUGAGCGCCUUCAAGGGAAGGUGGGAACAUUCCAUUGUCUGCCAUAGUCCAGAAUACGCCCAGGGGGAGGAGAUACUUGACGCCGUCUAUGGAUUCCAGCUUUGCCAGAAUUUUUCAGCACCAGUCAUUCAGACCAUCAGUACAACCACAGACACUACUACGGCUGCCGAGAUCACAAGCUCCUUGUUUGGAAUUAUGCAGCCAACCCCCACACAGGACUAUGCAGAGGAUUUUGGGAGCUUUACCACACUCACAACCACCACAACCACAACACAAACACCAAGCACUGCUGAAGCAACUACUGCUUUGCUGGAAGAGGCAGCUGUAACAGAUGAUUUCUUAGCUAUGGACAACACUGUCAUGACUCAUAGGGUCAUCAUUGGAACUAUGGCUCUUCUCUUUUCUUUCUUUUUCAUAAUUUUUGUUGUGUAUAUCUCACGAAAGUGCUGCCCCCCCACCCUGCGGAGGAUACGCCACUGUUCUGCUAUUCAGAACCGCAGACAGAUGAGGACCCAGCAGCGACAGCCAAUGGCAGACCUAGCCACACAGGUACCCUAUAAUGAGUACGAGCCCAGCCAUGAAGAAGGGGCUCUCGUCAUCAUCAAUGGCUAUGGGCAGUGCAAAUGUCAGCAACUGCCUUACAAAGAGUGUGAAGUAUGAACUCCUAUUUAUUYCUAGACCAUAAGGUUCGUCAUUUGACCACUUCAGAACAAACAGGGUUUGCUUCUUUAAUUUGUUUCUGGUUUCUGUAAAAAGCCUAAUUUCUACAAGUGACAUUUGAAAACAUGAUCAAUAWCGAAUGCUACAAAGACAGAGACUGGACAGUAAAGAAACUAUGUGGAGAUAGUCAAUUUUAUUUUUCUAUGAAAGAAAGGUUGUUCAUAUCAGCCAGGGGCAAUCAUUUUAAAUAAGAAAAUUGUAAACUGUGAGAUUUGUCUCUACGUUGUCUAUAUUUUGCAGCACAGCUUAAUUAAAAGGUUCAUACAGCCCUUUGCUAACAAAGUACCUAAAGUGAAGGGAUGCGAUUUUGUAAUGUUUAGUUUUUUUGUUUUCCAAAAGGUAAAAAAAAAAAAAAAAAAGAAAAAAGAAAAAAAAAUACACAUUUAAAAUGUUUUUUCCCAAAUUCAUCAGAGGCACUGAAAUUAAGAAGGUUCUUACUAAUAAUACUCAAUUGAGAGUAGAAACCUGAAAAAAACAUUACAUUCUCCAAAUCAGUGAUAUCAAUUUAACAAACAACCUUAAACCAGAUAAGCUGUUUUUUUUUUUUUUCCAUAAAUUGCAGCUGCAACUCUACACAAAGAAUUAAAAAUGUUCAAUUAUAUUAAUUGGAUGAUUUUCUUUUUUGUCAGACAUAUGCUCAAAAAUCCUGAUUUGCAGCAAACAGAAGGCAUUCUGCAUUUGGGCUUUUGUCUAUCACAUUCAGCUAUUGGAAAUAUACCCUUAACCUUUGGGACACAUCACAAUGUGUUCAACUAUGGUUAAUAUCCAAUUUACCCUUCUUUAAAGGAAGCAAAAACCAUCUUGGAUGUCAACUUCACAUUUGACAGACAAAAAAAAAAUGAAAAAAAAACUAAACAAAAAAAAAAACUACAAACCUUUAAUGUACAAUUAUUUGUAUAUGGAUUACACAUUUUGUAAAGGCCAUACAAACUGUGACCAUAAUAUUUUUGGGGCUUAAUUUAAUUAAGUACAAUAUGCUGAUCUGCCAUAACAGGAUCAAUUUCUAGAUUUACGUGAUAUGCGAGUAGCAAGURAAAGGGSAAUGAACAGAGUAAAUGCCAGAACAUUUUAUGCUGAAAAUAAAAACCUCUCCCAGAAGCCCACCCUCUUACGCUUACACUCUAAUCAGGACUGACGGGUUCAAGAUUGAGCCAAUUAAGGCAAGGCAAAAAGAAUCUUAAUAUUCUGUGUCCCACACCAGUGAACCAGCAACAUCUAGCUCUUCCAUCAGUAAAAUGUAGUUGUUUGUCAUCAUUUGUGAGAUAACACCAACAACUCCCCUAAACUUAUUUUAUACAACAGCAUCAAUAAAAUUGUAACUUGCAGUCUGAAAAAUGGAUUCACAUUCAACAAAUAUAUCUGUUCUCCUGUUUGGACUAACAAGUGUUGAGCUAAACUGUGCUCAAUACUCUAGGCAAAUUGAGAUCCAGUGAUAAGCAAACAGCAGGCUUUGGUGAGGACACAUUUGUAUGCAGCAGAGAGAAGAUGUGCAUUAGCAUCAGUCUGAAGCUGCUGCUGCAGCUUCGCACUUCAUGUUCGAUUCAAGAGUGGGGGCAGGGUGAAAGUAAGUGGGAUUGAGAUGAAUUGACGGGAUGAAAAGAGGGCACAAAUUGGUAGAUAACUUAAGUUUAAAACAACUUAAUAAUAAAAUGGGAUUUAUUAUAAUUGCUUGUGCUUUAAACGCACAACAGAGCAGCUUUUGAUUUCACAUCACUCCACAAUGAGGCAUUGCUCCAAUUCCACAGCACCGUUAAGAAARAUGUACCAUAUGACAAGAAUGAGAGGAUUUCUCUAUUUGGGCCGAGGCAGAAGGUAUUAUUUGUGRGUUUGUCUCCUAGGUUAUGAAAAUUUGGCUUCAGGUUUUUACAUAAAACACAUUUGUAUAAGUGCGUCUCUAAAAAUGUUCAUGCCAUCAAACACAAAUUGUGUAAGUAAACCAAAAACUUUUUACACUUUUAGUUAAAACCAUUUUUUUCCCAAAGCCAAGUAAUUCCCUUUCUAAUUUCAAGUUUACCCUCUAGCUUCGCACUGCUUUUACUGCUGCCCUUCUGACCUUGCAUGCUCAAAAGUCCAACUUUCAGUAAAACACUUCUCAGUUUCAUUCAGUAAACGUUACGAGACCCCAUUUUCUGAUGGAUACAAAAGUAAAUUAAAUUCUAUGAGUUAUGGCAAUCAUGACAUUUACAUUUUACUGUUUAAGACUACAAUUGUAYCAAGUGACUGAAAAUCCACAAAAUUUGUAGAAUUAUGCAUCCCUUUGCACUUUGGCUCUUUGUAAACCGUUUUGUUUCCUCUCGUCAUCCUCUAGAUCUUCUCUCCCUGCUGAAAAUCGCUGAAAUGGAAAAAAAAAAAGAAAAAAAAAAGAAAAACUUAAAGAAUCCCUACUCAUUUCCAAACUCUUUGUGCAAAACUGAAUGCUUUUAUCUUCCCAUUUUCCUUUUGUAUUGUAAUAUGUACAAUUUCAUAUCUGUAUAGUGGAUAAGAUGUGCCAAACUGGAAAAAAAGAAAAGAAAAAAAAACCAUUGUCCCUUCAAAACAUAUAUUUUUUAAAUAAAAUGGUUAUAAUUGUUUGCAAAUCGUUUGCAAACUGAUGUA